GCCGGCGGUGUUUCCCCGCUCAGCCCCGGAGUGUUCCUCCCCCGGGUCCGGCUGUGCCCGGGGUGUUCCCCGGCAGCCCCCGCCGCUCUCGCCCCCGCUGCGCCUCGGGGCCGCCAUGCCGGUGGCGGCCGCCGCCCCCCUGAUCAGCUCCGUGCAGAAGCUGGUGCUGUACGAGACCAGGGCUCGCUAUUUUCUAGUUGGAAGUAAUCCUGCAGAAACCAAAUACCGUGUUUUGAAAAUAGAUCGCACUGAACCAAAAGAUUUGGUUAUAAUUGAUGAUAAGCAUGUUUAUACACAACAAGAGGUGAGGGAACUUCUCGGUCGUUUAGACCUGGGAAACAGAACAAAGAUGGGGCAGAAGGGCUCUUCUGGAUUAUCUCGAGCUGUCUCUGCUUUUGGUAUAGUUGGUUUUGUCAGGUUUUUAGAAGGCUAUUACAUUGUGUUAAUAACAAAAAGAAGAAAAAUGGCAGAUAUUGGAGGUCAUGCAAUAUAUAAAAUAGAAGAUACAAAUAUGAUCUACAUUCCAAAUGACUCUGUAAGAGUCAGUCAUCCUGAUGAGGCCAGGUAUCUGAGAAUCUUUCAAAAUGUGGACCUUUCUAGCAACUUCUAUUUUAGUUACAGCUAUGAUCUAUCUCACUCCCUUCAGUAUAAUCUUACUGUCCUGAGAAUGCCACUUGAGAUAUUAAAAACUGAAACAGCCCAGACCCGACAAGAAAGUUUUGAUAUAUUUGAAGAUGAAGGACUUUCAACACAGGGGGGAAAUGGUGUAUUCGGGAUUUGCAGUAAGCCUUACGAAAAGUACGUGUGGAAUGCCAAGCUUCUGGAAGCAGUAAGAAGUGCUGUUCAUCGUGACUGGCUGCUGUAUAUUAUUAAUGGAUUCUGUGGGCAAUCAAAACUGUUAAUAUAUGGUCGCCCUAUAUAUGUCACUCUGAUAGCCAGAAGAUCAAGCAAAUUUGCUGGAACACGUUUUCUGAAACGAGGAUCAAAUGAUGAGGGAGAUGUUGCUAAUGAAGUGGAAACUGAACAAAUACUUUAUGAUGCUUCAGUUAUGUCAUUUUCUGCGGGGAGUUACUCUUCCUAUGUUCAGGUUCGAGGGUCUGUCCCUCUGUACUGGUCUCAAGAUAUUUCAACUAUGAUGCCUAAGCCACCCAUAACACUGGACCAAGCAGAUCCUUAUGCACAUGUUGCUGCUCUUCACUUUGACCAAAUGCUUCAGAGAUUUGGCUCUCCCAUUAUUAUAUUGAAUCUUGUGAAGGAACGUGAAAAAAGAAAGCAUGAAAGGAUUCUCAGUGAAGAGCUUGUUGCUGCUGUGACAUAUCUCAACCAGUUCUUACCCCCAGAGCAUGAAAUUAUAUAUAUACCCUGGGAUAUGGCCAAAUACACUAAAAGCAAACUUUGCAAUGUCCUUGACAGACUGAAUGUGAUUGCAGAAAGUGCAGUGAAGAAGACUGGAUUUUUUGUAAAUCGACCUGAUUCCUACUGCAGUAUCUUGCGUCCAGAUGAAAAGUGGAAAGAACUGGGAGGUUGUGUUGUUUCCACUGGUCGCUUGCAGACUGGAGUCCUUCGAACCAACUGUGUGGACUGUUUAGAUCGCACUAACACAGCCCAGUUUAUGGUGGGAAAGUGUGCUUUGGCCUACCAGUUGUAUUCAUUGGGAUUGAUUGAUAAACCAAAUUUACAAUUUGAUACAGAUGCUGUAAGAUUAUUUGAGGAAUUAUAUGAAGAUCACGGGGACACGCUUUCUCUGCAGUAUGGAGGCUCUCAGCUUGUCCAUAGAGUAAAAACUUACAGAAAGAUUGCUCCAUGGACUCAGCAUUCCAAAGAUAUUAUGCAAACACUCUCAAGAUACUACAGUAAUGCUUUCUCAGAUGCGGACAGGCAAGAUUCUAUUAAUCUCUUUCUGGGAGUGUUCAAGCCUGCAGAAGGAAAGCCACAUCUCUGGGAACUUCCCACUGAUUUUUAUUUGCAUCACAAGAACACCCUCAGUCUGUCACAGACCAGGCAAAGCUAUACUUACUGGUGGACCUCGGGUGUGCUAAAGCAUUUGCCUCUUCCUUUUGAUGAAGUGACAUGUGCUGAAAACAGACGCAAGUUGACAGUGAAGAAAUUCAACAAAUAUGAAGAGGAAAUUGAUAUCCACAAUGAGUUUUUUAGGCCAUAUGAGUUGAGCAGUUUUGAUGAGACCUUCUGCUUGGCAAUGACCAAUUCUACACGAGACUUUAUGCCUAAGAAUGUGGGAAUUGAUCCAAGUCCAUUCACUGUUCGUAAACCUGAUGAAACUGGAAAGUCUGUGUUGGGGAACAAAAAUAAUAGAGAAGAAACUGUGCUGCAGCGCAAAACAGCUGCUAGUGCUCCUCCACCCCCAAGCGAGGAAGCAAUGUCAAGUAGUUCUGAAGAUGAUUCUGGGACAGAUAAAGAAGAUGAAGGUUCUGUUUCUCAACGUUCAACUCCAGUAAAGGUGACUGAUACAGGAGACAAUACAAAAAUCACAGAGAAUGUAGUGCAGUCAACAAGAGAUGUGUAUGGAGUCAAUCUCUCAGAUACCCCUUCAGAAGAUGAUCUUGCAAUAUAUGCAAGGUUUGUUCAGCUGGGACAGAGUCAGCAUAAACAAGACAAGGGCGGCCAACAAUUUUGUUCAAGGCAGCCCUUGGAUAAGGUCAUAAAUUUAAUGCCCAUCUCCUCCUUUUCUCAAGACAAUAUUUAUGAAGUCCAGCCUCCACGAGUUGAUAGGCAAUCGAUAGAGAUUUUCCAUGCACACAUUCAGGCUGGAAGAGGAAACAUGCAGCCCCUGGGAAGAGAUGACUUCCUCAUGUACAGAGAGUACAUUCGAAACAGAUACAUGUAAAUCCAAGCCGCGUUCUCCUGCCAAAUCAACUGGACUGAUAUGUCACAAAAAUAAUUUUAGAGAGGAAGUCUAGUUUUGUUCUUUUGCAGUAUUGAAUUUAUUACUAACUUUUGUAUUUAUUAUUCUUUACUGUUAUACAUUUAUUGUAUUGUGCUUUAGGGGAAAAGGUGGUUUAAUAUCUGAUUUAAAAGGUUAUUUAAUAUAUUUUUGGCUGAAAGUGUAUCCUAUGAUAAUCAGAGCACCCAGAGUCACUAGAGAGUAUGUAGCAAUUUGUGGCAAAGAAAAUAUGGCAUCUUUAGUUUUUUUAUAUUAAUUUCUUACACUGUUAUGUUUGCUAAUAAAACUGAUUUGUUUACAAGAAUCAGAAGAGAAUAAUUUUCUUCCUCUUUCUUCCAUGACAGAAAGAAAUUUUCUUUUACAGCAGAAUAUUUUCUGAUACUUCUUGAGGUUUUUAGCAAAAGAGUGAGAAUGACUGCUUGCAAUUUUCUGUUUUCUUAAGCAAAACUGAAAAAUAAGUGGCUUAUGUCAAAUACAAAAUUUACAUCAACAGCAAUAAACUUUGUAACCCUAA